AUGAGCGGGGGUGGGGUUGGGUGGGCCUCCGUGGCGGAGGCCGCGGCCGAGGCCGCCGAUGGCGGCGCCUCGGGCUGGGCUGCCGCCGCCGCAGCCGCCGAGGCGGCCGCCGCCAGCCCGCCCGACGGCUGGGGCGCGCUGGCGGCCAGCGCCGCGGCGUCGGCGGAGAGCGCCGAGGGCGCCGAGGCGGAGGUUGCCGUGGCGGCUGCCGCCGACGGCGCUGGGUCCGCGGACGCGUUCGGCCACGCGCUGACGCCCGCGGACCUGGCGCCCGCUGGCAGCGUGGCUGCGCGGCGCAAGGCGGCGUGGCACCCGCUCGAGCAUCUUCGGAAGCGGCUCCGAGAUGCGUGGGGUCACCGCGUCGCUGCUGGUGGGCGUGAGCAGCCGCUGCCAGCCGCGGAGGCGGCGCUGGCUGCCGCCCGCGACGCGGUCGUCGACGAGGACGACUGGGCGCUCUUCGGGCCCAGCGACGCUCGAGUGGAGGAGCUCGCGCAGCUCGUGGAGCAGACGUGCGCGAUCGCGGAGGCGAACUCGCGCACGGAGCGGGACUUCGUCGCAGCGGCGCAGCGUGGUGUGGUGCAGUACUUCCUGGAUGAGAAGCGCACGACGCUGCCAUUCCACCAGGAAUGCAGCAACCUCGGCGUUGGCCGCCGCCGCGCUGAUGGCAUCCUGCGCGCUGUUGCCGCCGCGUGCGUGUCGGUGCAGAAUCGGGACGUGUGCAGGAUGAUUCGCCAGUUGACGCGGUCCAUCUUGGAGCGAGGUGGCCGAGCACUGACAUGGUCAGAGAGCGUCAGGUAUGAUGAGACGCCGAUGCACAUGAGGCUCACGGACACCGAGAAGGCGGCGGCAGCAGCAGCGGACUCGGCCAUGCCAGCGGCCAUCGUGCCCGCCGACGGGCAGCCCAGGCUGGUGCCGAUCAGCGCCAGCUGCUCGAGCUCGCACGUCGCCAAGAUCUUGAACACUGAGCGGGUCUUCUCGAUGCUGUACCACCUCCCCGACGUCGGGUACGUCGGCGUGCGCGUGCCGCUGGAGACGCCCGUCCAGUCGCUGAGCAGGACCACAGGCGAGGUGCUCUACGACGCGCUCAAGGCCAGCCGCCCGCCGAUAGACGACGACGUGCUGCAGCAGUUCGGCCGACGACAGCGGCUGGUUUGCACGGACGGCGCGAGCGGGAUCACCAGGAUGGAGCGCAAUUUCGCCCGUGAGGAGGCGGGUCGGAGCAGCACGUUGAAGGUCAAGUGCGAGGUGCACGUGGUCUUCAAGUGGCACGCGUGCGCGUUCCACCACGUGAAGGCCGACACCAGCUGCAUGGUGCACGCGGCGAAGGCGCUGCGCUGGCAGGACGGCAUGCGCUCGUUCAGGGCAGCGCUCCGACAAGAGCUGCAGGACACGUUGCAGUACCGCUGCGACAUGCGGCCUUCGCCUGUGGACGUCGCCCGCAGCACCAAGUGCUUGGACCUCUUCUUGUCGGAGACGUCGGCCCAUCGGCGUCUUCGUCGCGUCGUCAUCCUCUCGCUGGCGAACGGGGACUGGGCCAAGAGGCAUUGGGUUCACAAGCUCGCGGCGCACCCACCCCCAUAG